CAACACCAAACGUCACGCCGCGCCCCCCAUCGCACGCCAUCCCACGUAAUUGCCAAUUUGCACCGGCCCGCCCUUCCCUCCCACGCUCUUCAAACGCCGACCUCCGACGCCGCCCACCACCAGCCCUGCCACCCGCUUUUUCACUACUUGCCUGUGCUACACGCUCUCUGCGGCAUUAAUUCCCGCCAUACAAACGCCCUUCCCCAUCACCGUCGCACUGGCCGAGUCACUGCCCUGCUAUCACCAGCCUGAACUCACCGCUCACCUUGCUGCCUAGACGCCAUGCAGCCGCACCACUCUCUCCCCGCCCGCCCUCCGCCCGCAACUCACUCGAUCUCGCCUUCGAGACCUAACAACAGUAACAACAGCACAGGCGCGCGAGCCCAGGGCAGUUCCACCAUGUUUUCUGGAUUCACACCGCGCUCGGUAGCAGCCCAUGCGCCCCCUCAACCAUCUGCUGCCGCCGCAAACUUCUCGCAAGCCACAGUGAGCGCUCCAUACCAAGCACCCGCUUACCCGACCAGCAAUGCUUACAACAACUACUCGUACCCAGCCUAUGCAUCGGGGGCUCCUGCUUCCGCCUACUCAGCUGCUCCUUCCGUGAACCGCGGAUAUGGUGGCACGUACGACCCCGAGGAAGAAGCACGCAUUGCAGAGUGGAACAGCGCCUACAACGCGGCCGACGCCAACGCGAAGAAAGGCGCCAAUCCAAGCGUCGCCGCCCGCCCAGAAGCUGCCGCCGCCAACGAGGCCGAGACUGGUCUCACAGCCGACGGAAAACGCAAGACUGUAGUUCGCGAGGGAGGUGGAAAGCAGUGGGAGGACGAGACUCUGCUUGAGUGGAACCCUCUGCACCCCCGACUUUUCAUAGGAAAUCUUGCUGGUGAAGUCACUGAUGAUUCGCUCCUCAAGGCCUUCGCAAAGUACCCCUCACUCUCAAAGGCCCGCGUCGUCCGAGACAAAAAGUCAACCAAGAGCAAGAGUUAUGGCUUCGUCAGUUUUGCCGACACCGACGACUAUUUCCGAGCCGCAAAGGAAAUGAACGGCAAGUACAUUGGCAGUCACCCGGUCCUCAUCAAGCGAGCCACGUCCGAGAUCAAGCCCAUCGCGAAGCGGGAAGACAGGCACAAGCAGCAGGGCAAGAACAAGAACAACAAAAACAAGGACAACAAGGACAAGCCCGGCCCAAGCAGUACUCCCGCCGUCGUCGCAUCUCCUGCCAUGUUCAUACCCCGCGGUGUUCAGAAGAAGAGCAAGUCAAGUGGCCCGAGGGUGUUGGGUUGAGGUAUCAUGGCAUUUCUGCACCAGAUGCUCAAACGGAUCAUGCCGGCAACCGCAAUUGCCGCUAGCAAUGCUAUCAUUGACCUUGCGUCAAAUAGCCCCAAAGGUUAGUUGACUCUCUCGGUCGCU